GUGUGCGCACAGAGUCCCCCGUGGCUCCGGCAGGCGAGGAUCCACAGCGGUGGAUUGAGAGGGCACUUAGUGGCGCUGUGUGGAAAGUUGGGAUGUCCGUGGCGUCUGACUGCUGCUGCUGCUGCGGCUGCGGCUCCUGCCUGACACGACCAUGUGGGAGCUGAAAUGCCCCCAGCGCAACCCGACGGAUUGGGCCAUGUUCCUAGGCGGCCUGCUGCUGUGCCUGAUGGUCACCUUAACCCCCCUGCUGCCGCUUCACUCAGCUGCACGGUCCCCCUCCUUCCCAUCCUUCUCUGUCCCGAACUCUACCUUCAAUCACUUGGCCCAAGCUCAGAACACGGGGACAUUGUAUGUGGGCGCCGUGAAUGCCUUGUACCAACUGAGCCCGGAGGUGGGACUGGUGAGGAAAGUACGCACGGGGCCGGCCCAGGACAGUCCCGACUGUCUGCCUUUCCGUGACGUUCAAGAGUGUCCGCAGGCCCAGCUCACAGACAACUCCAAUAAGCUGCUGUUACCCAACGAGCAAGCCGGGGAGCUGGUGGUUUGUGGGCAGCUCUUCCAGGGAGUGUGUGAGAAGCGAUCCCUCGCGGACAUCAACAAAGUGCUGUACCGCCCCGAGGACCCUGGUGACAACCAGUUUGUGGCAGCCAAUGAGCCCCGGGUGUCGACGGUGGGGUUGGUGGGUCGGCAUGGUGGGCGCGAUUUGCUCUUUGUGGGUCGAGGGCUGACAGCCAAGCUCUCGGGAGGGAUUCCUCCGUUCACCAUCCGGCAGCUGGAAGGACCUCAAGCCUUCUCCAACGAAGGGAUGGGCAAGCUGGUGUUCUCCGACUACAACAAUAGCUACGUGGGUGCCUUUGCUUCCGACGGCUACGUCUACUUCCUGUUCACUCGGCGCGGAGCAAAGGCCCAAAUGGAGUAUCGGGCCUACCUCUCCCGGAGCUGCCUGGAGGACACCAACCUCUAUUCCUACGUCGAGCUUCCUCUGGAGUGCCGAGAUGCCAGAGGGACCGUUUACAACCUGGCUCAAGCAAUGCAUCUGGCCUCUGGUUUUGGCGGGAAAGGGAAAACGCUCUUCGUUGUCUUAGCCGCCGGGCAGGGCUCCACCGCGUCUCCGACGGCACGGACGGCACUGUGUUCCUACAGCUUGACUGAGGUGAACGCGGCCCUGGAGCGGACGCGGCAGCUGUGUUACACCUUGGCUGGAAUGGGCGAGACAAAGGAGGAGGAGGCUGCCAUUGAGUAUGGCGUGAACUCCCGCUGCAACUCCCUACCCAAGGAGUCCCCCGAGGCUUACCCUUGCGGAGAUGAACACACCCCUAGUCCCAUCGCAAGCCGGAAACCAGUGGUGGCUGAAGCGCUCCUGACGACAUUGCCAAGAUUGACAGCGGUGGCUGCCAUGGAAGAAGCGGGUCAUACCAUUGCCUUCUUGGGAGAUGGCCUCGGGCAACUCCAUAAGGUUUAUCUGAAUGGCUCCAUGACACAGGUCUAUAGCACGGUCCCCACUGGCCAGCGCUCUCCAGUCAACCCAGACCUCCUGCUAGAUGUUAGUGGGGCCCACCUAUAUGUGAUGACUUCAUCGCAGGUCUCUAAGAUUCCAGUUUCUGAAUGCUCUAAUUCCCUGGACUGUGCCUCAUGUCUGCAUAUCCGAGAUCCCUUUUGUGGGUGGUGUGUCCUGCAGAGCAGGUGCACCCGUAAGUUGGAAUGUGAACGCCAUGAGAUAUCCAAUCACUGGCUGUGGAGCUACGGAACUGAGAGCCAGUGUCUGAGAGUGGAACAAAUGUUGCCAGCCAAUCAGAGUCGAGGAGAACAGACCAAGGUCUCUAUGCUGGUCCCUCGUCUGCCUGGACUAGCCGAAGGAGAACACUACCAUUGUGCCUUUGGUACCCAAGACAGCCCAGCCCAGCUAGAAGACUCCUGGGUUCACUGCCUCUCCCCUGUUCCCCAGCAGGUGCCACCCACCCAAGAGGGCAAAGAUCAUGUGACUGUGGCAUUAGCACUGAUGUUCCGGGAUGUGGUGGUGACCUCCAUGGGAUUUUCCUUUUAUGACUGUAAUGCCGUGAGCCAGCUUGCUGAUACUACCCCGUGCGGCACGUGUGUGGACAGCCCUUGGAUGUGCCACUGGUGCCCCUCCAGUCACCGCUGUGUUCCUAAAGGACCCUGCCCAGAUGGAGAGGGGCUCGUCUAUAAUCAGAAGGCGCUCACUGAGGAGCCCCGUGGUUCAGCUGCGUGCCCCAGCGUGGGCUACUCUGGAGAAGAAUAUCUGAUUCCUGUUGGGGUGGAAAUGCCACUGAACUUGUUCGCUUGGAACCUGCACUUGUUGGUGGGCCCAGUGACCCUCUUCUGUGUCCUGGAGGUGGAGGGAACGCCAGUUCCCGUCCUUGCAUCCCUGGAGGAAGGAGAGAGGGGAAUAUCCCAUCGUGUGCAGUGUCUGCCCCAUGCCUACAGCUACACUCAACCUGUCCCAGAGCUACAUGUUCCUCUCUACGUCACGGUGGGAGGUGACCAACGCCUUGACAGCCGCGGAGAUCUGCACGUGACUUUGUACGAUUGCUCUGCUGGCCGUUCCGAUUGCAGCCGCUGCAAGGCCGCCCCCCAGAAUUUCCGCUGCAUCUGGUGCCAGCGGGGAGAGGCACCGGGUUGCAUCCAUGAAGAACUGUGCCCCUCAAAAAGUGGCAUGGCCGCUUGCCCGUCGCCAGUCAUUCACUCGAUCUAUCCCCUCAGUGGACCCUUGGAGGGAGGUGUCUCUCUCACGGUGGUCGGAUCCAACCUGGGUCAUCGCUUUGAGGAUGUCGCCCAAACCGUGAAGGUUGCUGGACUACCAUGUGUUCCUGAUCCAGCCCUUUACCUAGUGUCUACUCGGAUUGUGUGCGAUGUCUCCCCUGGAAGGCGAGGAUUAUCUGGCCCCGUUGAGAUCACUGUAGGAGACCGUCCACCAGGAGUUUCUGUGAGCCACUUCACCUAUCAGGACCCCACCCUUCUUGAUCUGCACCCCAAGCUUGGCCCCAUGGUUGGAGGUACCCGCAUCACCAUCAUUGGGGAGGAGCUUCUGACGGGCACUGAAAUUGCUGCCUAUGUGGGAGAACUGCCUUGCAUCCUCAAGGAACCUGUGGAACCAGAUGCCAUCGUGUGCCUCACCAGCGCCAGUUCCAAACCCCAGCAAGCAUCAGUCUGGGUCCAGUAUGGUGGGGUUCGACGCCAACUCCAGGGGAAGCCCUUCCUUUAUACACCCAACCCCCAGCUCACAGGGGCUUUCCCUUCGACCAGCUUCCAUGGGGGUGGACGGAUCAUCCACGUGGAAGGCACCCAUUUGGACGUGGUGCAGGAGCCACUCAUCAAAGCUCUUCUGGAGCCGGAGAAGACAGUCAGUAGAGGCCGCCGGAAAAGACGAGCCUGUGACUCCCUAAAGGGUUCACUGGUCCCACUGAUCUCAGCUCCCUCACGCCCUUGUGCUGAGGUGGGAGACUUGCUGGAGUGCUGGGAAACGUGCUGCAUCAAUUCAUCCACGCUUCUUCUCUGCCCGUCACCGGCAGUGCCACCUGGCGCUCGCUUCCGCCACCUUCUUUUUGAGUUGGAUGGGCUCCGUGUCCCUUUUAGCAACGCUAGCCGAGGUCAGGAGUUCUCCUACAACCCUAAUCCCCACCUGCGCUGGCCAGGUCGGGAGUCCACUGGGCGUCCUUUUAGUCUCAAACCUGGCAACAUUUUGGAUAUAGAGGGAGAAGGCUUGAACCUUGGCAUCAGCAAGAAUGAGGUUAAGGUUAUCAUCGGCAACAGCAUCUGUACUGUCAAGACCCUCACACGUACCAAUUUGUACUGUGAACCCCCGCUGAAGCCCCCACAACCACUUAAUGCUUCUUCUGUGCUGCCAGAAUUCAUUGUACAAAUGGGAAACUUACGUCUGGAUCUUGGCCGGGUUCGCUAUGACACAGAGCCCCCAUCCCGUUUCCCCCCUGAGGCCCAAAUUGGGUUAGGGGUGGGGGCAGCAGUGCUGGUCUUUGUGGUGUUGCUCCUCAUCCUGAUGUACAGGCGGAAGAGCAAGCAAGCCUUGAGGGACUACAAAAAAGUGUUGGUACAGCUGGAGAACAUGGAGAUCAGCGUGGGGGACCAGUGCCGCAAGGAAUUCACUGAUCUAAUGACAGAAAUGACUGACCUCAGCGGGGAGCUGGAGGGCUCCGGGAUCCCAUUCCUGGACUACAAUACCUACACCCAGCGUGUCUUCUUCCCGGCUCAGGGAGAUGUUCCGCUGCGGCGUACGCUGGACCUGCCGGAGGGCCGCCGGGCCACCGUGGAGCAGGGCCUGGGGCAGCUUUCCAAUCUGCUGAAUAGCAAAGUCUUCCUGCUGACGUUGAUCCGAACGCUAGAAGUGCAGCCCACCUUCUCGCAGAGGGAUCGAUGCCACACAGCCUCACUCCUCUCUUUGGCUCUUCACGGGCGCCUGGAGUACCUGACGGACAUCAUGCAGACCCUGCUGAGUGAUCUCGCUGCCCACUGCGUUUCCCGCAAUGCCAAGCUCAUGCUGCGCAGGACAGAGACCAUUGUGGAGAAACUCCUGACCAAUUGGAUGUCCAUCUGUCUCUACUCUUAUCUUAGGGAGGUAGCUGGUGAGCCACUGUACAUGCUCUUCCGUGCCAUCAAGUACCAGGUGGACAAGGGCCCAGUGGAUGUUGUGACAGGCAAGGCCAAACGGACACUGAACGAUGGGAGGCUGCUGAGAGAAGACGUGGAGUACCGGCCCCUCACCUUGAUGGUUCUGGUGCGGGGGGUUGGCCCUGGUGGUGGGUCCGAGACGCAGCGCAUCCCUGCCCGUGUCCUCGACACAGACACCAUCACCCAGGUCAAGGAGAAGAUCCUGGAUCAGGUCUACAAGGGCGUGCCUUUCUCCCAACGCCCCUCUGUGCACACCUUGGACUUAGAGUGGCGCUCGGGUGUUGCUGGGCACUUGACGCUUUCUGAUGAGGAUCUGACAUCCGUCACACAGAAUCAGUGGAAAAGGCUCAACACUCUACAACAUUACAAGGUUCCGGAUGGGGCCACCGUUGGCCUCAUUCCGCGCCUUCACAAUGACAUAUCCCAAGGUACAGGCCAGAACUUCUUCUCUGGGGAAAAUACCCCAAUGCUAGAGGAUGGCGAGGAGGGUGGCGUGCACCUUUGGCACCUGGUGAAACCUUCUGAAGAACCUGAGCCCACCAAGCAGCAACAAGACCGGCGCAGCAGCCUCCGAGAGCGUGCCAAGGCUAUCCCAGAGAUCUACCUCACCCGUUUGCUUUCCAUGAAGGGGACGCUACAGAAAUUUGUGGAUGAUGCCUUCCAGGCUGUGCUGAGUGUUAACCGCCCAGUACCCAUUGCUGUCAAGUAUCUGUUUGACUUAUUGGAUGAGCUGGCGGCACGGCACGGGGUCACUGAGCCAGAGACUCUGCACAUCUGGAAAACCAACAGUCUGCUGCUACGCUUCUGGGUAAACACACUUAAGAACCCACAGUUCAUCUUUGACGUGCGUGUCUCUGACAACGUGGAUGCCAACCUGAGUGUCAUUGCUCAGACUUUCAUUGAUGCUUGCACAACUGCAGAGCACAAAGUUGGUAGGGAUUCACCGGUCAACAAACUGCUCUAUGCCAGGGAAAUCCCACAUUACAAACAGAUGGUGGAGAAGUAUUAUGCUGAUAUUCGACAAACUGUUCCUGCCAGCUACCAAGAGAUGAAUUCAGCCCUGACAGAACUCUCUGGGAAAUAUUCCUCUGACCUCAAUUGCCUGGUGGCCCUGCAAGAACUUUACAACUACAUUAACAAGUACUAUGAUCAGAUAAUCAGUGCCCUAGAAGAGGACCCACUGGGCCAGAAGAUGCAACUAGCAUAUCGACUGCAGCAAAUCGCGGCUCUUGUAGAGAACAAAGUGACUGACUUGUGACAUUCCUCGAUCUGCUACCUGCCCAGACUCAACACGAUUUAACUGUGCAAUCCUAAAUGUGUUUACUCAGAAGUAAAUCCUAUUGAGUUCCACGAGGCUCAUUUCCCAAUUCACUGCAUUCUGCAGCUGCUCCCUAAGGAGGCCAGGUUGCUCCAUUCAUCAAGUUCCCUACUCUCCAUUGUUUUGUGCUGGUGCGCACACAUCAUCCCACUCCCAGUGCCUUAACUGCAUAGAUGCUGCCGAGCUUUCUCGCACUCAGUGCACUCUCUCUCUCUCUCCUUUCCUCCCUUCCUCCUGCUCUUCCUCUCUCUCCCCCUUCCCCACUUCUCGCUCUCUCUUUUCUUAAAAAAAACUGGCUGCAAAGGGAAUCCUCCAGUCUGAUACACUGGCUUUGUAAAUAAAAAGGUGUAUUUAUUUCUGUCGCUGUUUGAGGAGAGUGCCAGUUACAGCCUCCCACCUUUGGCGGGGAGUGGGGUAAAGGCAGCUCCUUCCUGAUUACUGCAUCAUCUGAGAUUUGGGGAUUUAUCUCUUCCACCCCAAAGAUCUUGACCAAUAAUGCACUAAUACUGGGGUGGUCACACCACCUUUCAGCUUCUCUGGUACAAAUGGACUCUUAACUAGUCUCUCUUUUAACCCUCCCCAUCUAUUCCCCCCUCCCAAUUUUAUGUAUAUAUGGGAGCUUUGUGCUCCAGGAUUGUAUUUAUUUUACUGAACUUUUGAAGAAUUAAAAAAAAAA